UUUAUUUCUUACAGAGACUCUUUGAGAACUCUUUGUGAGACUAAACCUGCUCCUCAUCUUCAUCCUCAUCUUCAUCAUGCGUGAGUGUAUCUCUGUGCACGUGGGUCAGGCGGGCGUCCAGAUCGGUAAUGCGUGCUGGGAACUCUACUGUCUGGAACACGGGAUCCAGCCGGACGGACAGAUGCCCAGCGACAAGACCAUCGGAGGAGGAGACGACUCCUUCAACACCUUCUUCAGUGAAACUGGAGCUGGGAAGCACGUCCCCAGGGCCGUGUUUGUGGACCUGGAGCCCACGGUCAUCGAUGAGGUUCGGACUGGGACGUAUCGUCAGCUGUUCCACCCUGAGCAGCUCAUCACCGGGAAGGAGGACGCCGCCAACAACUACGCCCGAGGACACUACACCAUCGGGAAGGAGAUCAUCGACCUGGUGCUGGACCGGAUCCGCAAACUGGCCGACCAGUGCACCGGUCUUCAGGGGUUCCUGGUUUUCCACAGUUUCGGAGGUGGAACCGGUUCUGGUUUCACCUCUCUGCUGAUGGAGCGCCUCUCCGUCGACUACGGUAAGAAAUCCAAGCUGGAGUUCUCCAUCUACCCGGCGCCCCAGGUGUCGACGGCGGUGGUGGAGCCGUACAACUCCAUCCUGACCACCCACACCACCCUGGAGCACUCCGACUGCGCCUUCAUGGUGGACAACGAGGCCAUCUACGACAUCUGCCGCAGGAACCUGGACAUCGAGCGUCCCACCUACACCAACCUCAACAGGCUGAUCAGUCAGAUCGUUUCCUCCAUCACGGCAUCGCUGCGUUUCGACGGCGCCCUCAACGUGGACCUGACGGAGUUCCAGACCAACUUGGUGCCCUAUCCUCGUAUCCACUUCCCUCUGGCCACCUACGCCCCGGUCAUCUCCGCCGAGAAGGCCUACCACGAGCAGCUGACCGUGUCCGAAAUCACCAACGCCUGCUUUGAACCGUCCAAUCAGAUGGUCAAGUGUGACCCUCGCCAUGGUAAAUACAUGGCCUGCUGCCUCCUGUACCGCGGUGACGUGGUUCCCAAAGACGUCAACGCCGCCAUCGCCGCCAUCAAAACCAAACGCACCAUCCAGUUCGUGGACUGGUGUCCCACUGGUUUCAAGGUGGGCAUCAACUACCAGCCGCCCACCGUGGUCCCAGGGGGAGACCUGGCCAAGGUCCAGAGGGCCGUGUGCAUGUUGAGCAACACCACCGCCAUCGCAGAGGCCUGGGCCCGCCUCGACCACAAGUUUGACCUGAUGUAUACCAAGCGCGCCUUCGUCCACUGGUACGUGGGGGAGGGGAUGGAGGAGGGCGAGUUCUCAGAGGCCCGGGAGGACAUGGCCGCUCUGGAGAAGGACUACGAGGAGGUGGGGGUGGACUCGCUGGACGGGGAGGGAGAUGAGGACGGAGAGGAGUAGAUCAGCCAGUCCAAAGAACCGAAGGAACCGUCCAGGACCACACCUGCAACCACAAAUCCACCAAAACAUACUGUCUGAACAAAUAAAAGCAAAAUGAAGAUGAGAGGUGGACCUGUCUGUCAUUUAAUCAAACACUUUUCUGGUUUGCAGAGUCUUUCACUGUCACCGAAAUGUGUAUUUAAGCAACAAAUUCAACAUUUUAAAUUAUAUUUUGGCUAAAAAAUUAAGAGGUUUUGCAGACGAAACCAAACUUACAUACUGAAUCUGAUCAGGGUCUGUC